AUGGAUUUAAAGCAUUUGCUCAAGAUAAAUUACUUUGCAAAAAUCGAUAGAGCUUCAAAAAUUAAGUUAAAAGAUAACGACAAUAUAACUUUAAUGCUUACAACAAAAAAGAUUGCAUACUACUGGGCUGAAAAUAUCACACCUCCAGAAGAAGCAAUUCAUGUUAUUGUAGAAAUACUUGUCAAUACCGGUCGAUCUGUAGAAAACCAAGAUUAG